CUAAAACAUAAACCACACAGAGUGUAUUUUGUACCAGUAUUACACCACGGAGCUGCACAUUAACAACAAAACAUGAAGACGGAUACGUCAUGGCAGAUACUUGUUCUUAGUUUCGUUUUAACAACACAUUCCUCCCUAGCUAGCACGGCCUGCCCUGAAUCCUUAACACAGAAUUUUCCUAAUUCAAUCGCACAUAUGUGUAAAGAUGAAGCCAUCAGAGGUGUUACCAGCCUACUGCUUGACGUGUCCCUACCAGUCAACACAGAAACCACCUGCAACUGUUCUCUUUACGCAUCACACCACACGGUGGUUGGCAUAUCUACCGUCAAACUCCCAGACACGAACUGUGAAUCAACACUGACGAUAGACACACAGAUUAAGCUGACUUAUAGUUGUGUAAAUGACAACAAUUCAGUUGGGUAUGGAGCAAAUAUUGUACGAAAUAUUACUCAAGCUAGUAAUUUGAUUCAGCUGGAAACAAGAAAUGCACCCAUUAACGUCACUUACUGUUUAACUAUCGACAGUAAAGGAGGCGGAGGUUCGUUGACUCUUGAGUGUUAUUCGCCAGACGGUAGAUCGAUGACGAGAUCAACCCAGUCAGACGAUAAAACCACCUCACAGAGAUCCACAACACCAGGUUCAACACGAUUAGAAUCAACCAAGUCAGACGACAAAACCACCUCACAGAGAUCCACAAUACCAGCUUUAACACGAUUAGAAGACAAACAGACAGUCAGACAGGCAGGCGCAGAAGAUUUUCCAGUUCCAGCUGUAGCAGGUGGUGUCGGUGCUGUAGUGGUAAUUGCCGUAGUAGUCAUCGUUGUUGUCGUCUUGGUCAAAAGGAGACGCAACAAGAAACAUGGGCGUAAUCCGGACAACGAUGGAGGCUAUUGCAAUAUGGACGCGGAUCCUUACAAAUACCAGAACACCAACUCAUCUGGAAGACAUUCAGGAGUUUCAGCAGACCCAAACCAGACUGGCAACGAAACGAUUCACUCUCCAUCAGACGACUAUGCAUCUAUUGAUGACGAAGCUGUAUGCACUACUCGGAAACCGCAGGUCGCCCUAAAACCAAACCUGCCUAGCACAAGUAACCAUGGUGACUUCCAACCAGAAUCUGACCACGAUGACGUGUCAAACAUGUACGCCAAGGUUAACAAAAACAAGAAGCCGGCCAAAUCUGUGAAUGAAGCCGCCAUGCCGGUUAUGCACGUUAAUGAGCUCUAUGCUGUGGUUGACAAAACUAAAAAGACGAAACCAUCUUUGAAGUCUAAACCUUAUGGUGAUGUGUACGCCGUGGUAAACAAACACAAGAAGUCAGGAGGGAAGAGUCCUGAAUCUAAAGGUCAAGGUCGCGAGUCUGAGGUACCCGGUGAUGUCUACACUGAAGUAAGAAAACCGAAGAAGUCUGGGAAUAAUCCGAAACAUCCCUAA